UUUAUUUUUGGUAUAUUUUUCAUGAAAUCGUUGUAGUGUAAGUGGCAGCUGGCAGUGGGGUGAUGUGAUUGUGGUGUAUCGUUGGAUGUGAUUAUACAGGAAAGGAGUUGUCAUCGCGUUAUGGAUGGACCAAAACAAAAUGUUCCAGAAUUUAGCCUAUGGCUCUUUCUUGAAAGUAUUGAGUGGAGAGAUCCGUGGCUGAUUGGCCUUGUUACAUUCCAUGUCAUCAUCACAUUGAUGGCCAUCCUCACUAGAAAUCAUGGGAAUUUUCAAGUAGUUCUGUUCUUGAUGCUUUUGCUGUUGGUGUAUUUCUCAGAAAACAUAAAUGAAGUGGCAUCAACCCAUUGGAGAACGUUUUCGAGACAGCAGUAUUUUGAUAACAAGGGGCUCUUCAUUUCACUUGUGUUUUCUGUUCCUAUUCUCCUAAACUGCAUGAUUAUGGUGAGUGGAUGGCUGUAUCAGUCCAGUCAGCUGAUGACUCAGUUGAGACAGGCACAGCUGAGACAAAACCAGCGACGACAGACACCUCCGUACGACUCCUCUUCACAGGGUUCUUGCCCUCAGCGUCUCAAGUCCGACUGAGCUGCAGAUUGAAACACAGUGCCUGGUAACAUCUACAUCACCUGCCAGCCGGAUUAUUUUGGUUUUCUUGCCAAUUUUUUUAUACAAUUCCAUCAUAACGGUUAAGCUUAGACUAAAAAAUUGCCUUAUUGGAGAGAAUUUUGUAACAUAAACAUGAUAAGAGAGUAGGGUCUUAACACUGUGACAAGUGAUAGUAAUACAUUAGUUUUUUACGCUUUUGCUUUCAAUUAAUGAAGACAAUCUAGCACAGUCAUAUGUUGUCAGGAUUAACUUCUUUUUGUAGAAUGCGGAAUAGAUCAGUGAAUGUAACACUAAUUACAGGUCCUAAUGGGAAUAGAGAGUAUUAUUUAUUUAUUUUUUCUAUUUUUAUAUAAAGAUGUAACACGUUUUUCUGAGCUAACUUUUCAUAUUAAUUUUAGCUUUCAAUUAAUAAUUACGAUUUCAAACAAUUUUAGUGGAGUGAGUUACCACCAAGUACAGUCACACUUCUCAUAAUAAUCGUUCAGUAUAAAUGUGAAUUGAGUAAAGAGGAUAGGCAAUAGUUUGGAGAAUGCAUGAAAAUUAUA